UGGACAGCCGUGCUGCGAUUCUAAUGCAUCAGGCGAGAGUAGGGGACCGCGUUAGCGCUCUCGCCAAGCGGUGGCCGCACAUCAAAGCCUGCGAGCAGCACGUUUGCAGCUUCGGGGCGACGCCUGGAUCCUGCUUUCAGAAUAUUUUUUUUCGAGCUGGGCAAUUUUCGGGUUUGUUGAAUAAGGAGCAGAAUUACAUUGUGGGGCCUUUUGCUUUAUUAUAUGUUUAUAGACAUAUUUGGAAAGCCCCGGUCUUGCUAUAAACCCUUGGUAGUCGAUCAUUUCCCGUUUCGUGGCUGUAAAAAUACGGUAAUAUUUACCAAAUAACGAUUCGAAAAGGAGAAAAGAUGGCUCGUCCCAGACCUCGGGAGUACAAAGCCGGUGAUCUGGUUUUUGCGAAAAUGAAAGGGUAUCCACACUGGCCAGCGAGGAUUGAUGAGCUCCCAGAAGGAGCGGUGAAGCCGCCUGCCAACAAGUACCCCAUCUUCUUCUUCGGCACCCAUGAAACGGCAUUUCUGGGCCCCAAGGACCUUCUGCCGUACAAGGAGUACAAAGAUAAGUUUGGAAAGUCUAACAAGAGGAAAGGCUUCAAUGAAGGAUUGUGGGAAAUUGAGAACAACCCCGGAGUCAAGUUCACCGGCUACCAGGCCAUGCAGCCCCAGAGCUCUUCGGAGACAGAGGGCGAGGGCGGCAACGCGGCGGAUGGCAGCAGCGAGGGCGAGGAGGGUGACUCUGUGGAGGAAGACGGACAAGGAAAGCAGAAGGGUGACCGGGCAGGAGCCAAGCGGAAAAAGGCCGCUUCCUCCAAGAAGUCAUCCAAGUUGUCAAGGAAGUCUUCGGGCGAAGAGGAAGAGGAGGUGGACCAGGACGGGAAAGAGGACGGCCACAAGAGCAGCUCAGAGGGAGGAGACCCAAACAGCGACGUGCAGAGCGCUCCAGAGAGCAAGAAGGCCAGUCAAGGGGUAAACUCCCGACAAGUUUAAAUCGAAAAAGAACAGGAAAAAAAUAUACAAAUCUAAGAACAUAUCUGAUAUACGUACAGGCGAGAAAACACCACAUUCGUCAUGAUUAAAUGUCAUUGCCGUCUAUCAGCGAGCGAAUCCUAAACCUCAGAUUGCAUUGUGAAGGUCCUGUAGCCUCCUGCCCCCCCACCUCGCCCCUCGUGUCUCCCCGGCUGAGCUGCCACUCUGCCCCAUCUCCCAUCCUGCUUCUGCUUUCACGCUGCCGAGCAUCACUAGUAUAAAUGUGUGUCUCACCCCUGAUCAGCCGGGCCCCGCCGUGCUGUGUUUGGUUAAGUGCUUUGUCUGUUGCCUACCAGAUUAAACUUAGAGUUUUACUGUCCAUCAAUCUCCUUGGUGCCCAGCUGUAUGCUUCCAGGAGGUCAUUU